AUGGCCACUUCACCAUUCCUGAGGGUUGUAGCCCAGAAACUCAAGCCACCUCGACUCUCAUCGGUCCAGACACACCAGAGAAGACUUAUUGCUACGUCAAAUAAGGCGCCCGCGGCAAUCAUCUCUGACAGUUUCAGAGAAAGCAAGCCACCACCAACAGAGUUUACCUACGGUGCGUAUCAGAAAGUUGGCGGACCAGACGCGAAAGAUGUGUUUAGAAUACGGAUCCCGACAUUCGCAAGUCUGGAUGCUGAAAGAGCACAUCGGAAACUCCACCAUGCUGCUGCUCUGAGAUGGCUGGGCUGUCAGGGUUACAAUAACGAAGGCGCCGGUGGUCAUGUCACAGUCAGGGAUCCAAUAAUGACCGAUCAUUUCUGGAUCAAUCCUCACGGGAAGUCCUUUAGUCACAUGAAGCCUGAAGAUCUUGUACUUGUGAGUAAGGAUGGAGAGGUUAAAGAGGGCGGAAACAUGCAUUCCAUCAAUCCAGCUGGAUAUAUCAUCCACUCCGCAGUUCAUGAAGCUAGGCCUGAUGUUAUCGCGGCUGUCCACUGCCAUUCGGUGCCAAGCAAAGCAUUUUCGUCCCUUGGUUGUCAACUUGAGCCAAUCAGCCAAGAUGCUUGCAGAUUCUACAACGAUCACGGGAUAUACGCUGGUUUUGGUGGCAUCGCCUUCAACCCUGAUGAGGGCAAACACAUAGCUGAAGCUCUUGGGAACACUAAAGGCGUGAUUCUCCAGAACCAUGGCCACCUGACAGUGGCUAAGACGGUCGACGGCGCAGUCUUCCUAUUUGGUGCGAUGGAUCGAUGUAUUCAAGCCCAGCUAAUGGCUGACGCGGCUUGCGCCGGUCGUGGAACGAAGACAAUCAAGAUUGGUCACGAGGAGGCUGAGUACACCCGGAAAGUCUACAAUGACGAGAUGGUUUACAUCAUGUUUCAAUCUGCGUGGGUGCUACCCAUCCUUUCCAUUGGCUCGUCUUGCUAA